GUACUAUUUUUUUCAACACUAAGUGACGUGAGCAAAAAAUCCCUUGACUCUUAGUAAAUAAUGUCUGAAAUUUUGAAAAACUGAUUCCUCAGUAUUAUUGUUACGGCGAGAAAUUCCCGGAAUUCGUGAGAGUUAUUUGGAAAUUCCGUGGAUCGUCUAUUGCGUCUCUUAUUCCAGAAAAAGGAAAGAACGAAAACAAGAUGUCUGAAUCGGUCGGUGUGAUUCAAACAAAUAUCGAGAAAGAUUGGAAAACAACGUGACGCAUGGAUUAUCGUGAUGCAGAUAAGGACUAAAAUGCGAAAAGAAGUCUGGCGGCAUGGUCGUUUCUUUUGACAGGUACGCUCCCAGCCUGCCGGGUGUCAAGAAAUACGAGUAUGAUUGCAUCUACGAGCCCGAGCACAUUUACACGAAUAAUAUUCCUUUGAAAAAUGGACUCGGUGCUUCCCAAACUUCCGUGACUCAAGUUACUGUUCCGCUCUGUGUUCUCGGUGAAGUGCAACUUCGAUUUCUCUGCCCGGACGAUCUCGAGGAAGUCCGCACACUUUGCCAGGAGUGGUUCCCCAUAGAUUAUCCUUACACUUGGUACGAAGACAUCACAAGUUCGUCGCGAUUCUACGCCCUCGCCGCAGUUUACGGCGGCGUGAUAAUAGGCCUGAUUGUAGCCGAGAUCAAGCCCUACAUCAAACUGAACAAGGAAGAUCGAGGAAUCCUCUGCUCGAGUUUGGGAAAGGACUCCCUCGUCGGUUACAUCCUCAGUCUGGGCGUACGACGAUCCUAUCGACGCAAUGGCAUAGCCUCUCUUCUCCUCGAGCAACUCUUGGCUCACGUAACAGCCCCCGAACGGUCCUCCGUCAAGGCCGUCUUCCUCCACGUCCUCUCGAGCAACACCCCCGCCAUCCAGUUCUACCAGAGAUGCCACUUUCGACUGCACAGCUUUCUUCCCUACUAUUAUCUGAUUAACGGAAUGUGCAGAGAUGGAUUCAUGUAUGUCCUCUAUGUGAAUGGUGGACACGCGCCCUGGGGAUUGUGGGACUGGAUGUGUCACGUGGCUGGAACGAUGGCGAGUCUUGGUGCUUGCAGAGUUCCGCGGUGGAUUUGGCAGCGUCUUCUCUGGGCCUCGACCCUUCUCUCCUACCACAGGUGAUACUGCCUUCCUCUUGAAUGACCAAAGUUUCCUUCCUCGUUGAUUUAUUUCAAUAAAUGAAGAAGCACAAAGUGCGCAAAUUUGCGUCAGUGUUUUUUUUUUUUUUUUGUUUUCUUUUUUUUUUUAG